AUGGUAAGGGAUGAGGGUCCAGGUACAGGGUUCGAGGUCCGGGGUCCGAGGAUUAGGGUUAGGGGUCUGGGGUCCGGGAACCAGGGUCCAAGUUUCAAGGUCCAAGGUCUCGGGUCUCGGGUCCAGGGUCCAAGGUCUAGGGUCCAGGGUCCAGGGGCCAGGGUCCAGGGUCCAGGGUCCAGGGGCCAGGGUCCAGGGGCCAGGGUCCAGGGUCCAGGGUCCAGGGUCCAGGGUCCAGGGUCCAGGGUCCAGGGUCCAGGGUCCAGGGUCCAGGAUCUGGGGUCCGGAGUCCAAGGUCCAGGAUCCGGGGUUCGGAGUCCAGGGUCCAGGGUCCAGGGUCCGGAGUCCAAGGUCCAGGGUCCAGGGUCCAGGGUCGAGGUUUUAGCAUUAGGUGCAGGGUGCAGGGUGCAGGGUGCAGGGUGCAGGGUGCAGGGUGCAGGGUGCAGGGUGCAGGGUGCAGGGUGCAGGGUGCAGGGUGCAGGGUGCAGGGUGCAGGGUGCAGGGUGCAGGGUGCAGGGUGCAGGGUGCAGGGUGCAGGGUGCAGGGUGCAGGGUGCAGGGUGCAGGAUUGAGGAUUGAGGAUUGA